CGAACCGAGGGAAUCGAUGGCAUUUUGGCUUAAUCGUUGCACCUUGAGCCUGCGAUGAGCUAACGCAAACUCGAUUUCUCGACUACGAAAAAAACAGAAAAAGGGGGAUUUAAGACACUUAGCCUACAGGCCAGUGUAAUGAUAAUCAAAAUGGAAUAGAAGCAAAUCUGCAAAUGGAAAUUCUACCAGACCUUGUACUGCUGAAAAUUGCCGAAUAUCUUUCGCCAGCUGAAUGUGUUCGAUUGUCGUUGACAUGCAAGAGAUUUUGCGGGCUUCUUCCUCAGUACGUGCGCUUUCUUGGCGAAGACGGUCCUUAUAGCCCACACUGGGCACCAGAAUUUUACUUUGAUGGCCCAGAUUUGAAAGGAAAAGUAAAGCGUUUUAGAGCGUCUGCCGAGUGGAAAGACCAGGGCUGGGGCAAUAUGAAAGGCCAGUUGAUCUUGAAGCUUAUGCGACGUGAUUCAAGGCAGAACAUGGUUAUUGCUGAAAAUACUAAUAUAUUUGGUAUAGCAGGGCAUGAUUGGGCAAACUCUGCAUGUGUAUUGGUCACUCAUCCUGUUGUCAGGCUGGCAGAACCGGGAGACUUUUACAGAUUUGAAAGAAAUGCUGGUGGCGGUGGUGGACAUUCCUUGUUUGUGAGAAAGUUCACUGUUUUGCUGGAAUUUUUGAGUAAUAAAUUAUAAAGCAUAAAUUAAUUAUUUAAUUCUUAUAAUAGGUGUCUCGCAUGUGAUGUUGAAACAUUCUAAAAUGAAAGCUACACAGCUGGUUGUUUUUAUGUUUCAUAUGUUGUUACUGUGAGUAUUCACCUGAAACAUUUCGGAUCAGGACAAUAUUUUUGUCAUCAGUUAUAGGAGUUUUGAAAAAAUAUUGCUGAUAUCAGCAUAUUUACUUUCAAAUGUAGGCCGUAUUUACUCGUUUGAGCGCUGCCCCCGAAUGAGCGCCGCCCCUGAAUGAGCGCCGCAUUUGAGAUCGAAUUUUUUUAAAGAGCGCCGCCCCCGAAUGACCGCCACACUAAACAGUGUAAAAACUUUCCACCGUCAAAAUGGGAACAAUGAACAUUUAUUGACAAAGACAUUUAACACAUGUUUAUUUUAUUGUUAAAAGUUCUUCUUAUAAUUUACAAAUAAAAGUUUUUUUAAUGAGCGCCGCCCCUGAAUGAGCGCUGCAUCUGAAGCUCUGAAAAUUCAAAGAGCGCUCAAACAAGUAAAUAUGGUAACGACAUUAACCGAUCGUGCACACAGAUAUUUUUGUCACACUAACCCUAUAGAAGCUGGUUGUACUGCACAUAAAAUUGAUUUAAAAAUGCUUAUUUAAAACUCUGUUUGCACAUGUGAUCAGCUUUAUUUACAUUUUUGUACCUAAAUAGUCAGGCAGAUAGAGGACCAAAAUUAUGGAAAACUUACCAUAU